UAGAUUUAAUAUUCGCAUCGAUUUAACUAAGCGAAUUUUUUUUAAAACAUUUUCUUCAUUAUUAUAGCUCAUCAGUUAUGGAUAAUGUUGAUCAAACUAACAUACAGGAUGGUGUCUCAAUAGCGGCAGCUGAUAAAUUUAUUGAUAUCAACAAAUUUUAUGGCUAUCUUUAUAAAAUAAUAUUAUGUUUGUUUGAUGAUGAUAAUAUUAUUACAAAAAUUCCUGAAUCUCAAGCUACUUUGAAUGGAAUAUUGGCAAAAAUUGAAUGUAUUUUGGCAGAUAAGGAUAACUUUGAUAAGAUUAAAAAGUUUAUCCAAGACCCUCAAACUUCUUCAUUGUUUAUUCAAAAAUUCCAAAACAAAGAGGAUGAAGAAAUGAAUGAUGCUACUGGAGAUAACAUACUUAAUGAAGAACCUUUUAAUUUUACUAUUAUUAUAUCAAAUGAAAUUCAUUAUACAAAUGACAGAGUCACUAGUUUAGCAUUGAUCAAAAAGGGAAAAAUAAUUGAAGCCGAUAAACGGAUUUAUCAACAGAUCAGAUUAUUGAAUCUUAGCGAUGACUCCCCUUAUGAAACACUGAGAUCUUUUGUGGGGGAAGCGGUUGCUCCAUACUUUAAAUCCUACGUCAGGCAUUCGGACGUUGUUGAAAGGGAAUCGGAUAAAAUGGCACCUUUGGUCGAGAAAAAAAUAGCCGAAUUAGAGAUGGGCUUAUUACAUUUACAACAAAAUAUCGAGAUUCCCGAAAUUGUACUAUCAGUUCAUCCAGCUGUUAAACAGGUGCUCGAUAUUUGCAAAGCCGAGAAUAGGAAACCCAAAAUCGAAGAUUUCGACGAUAAAAUCAAUGAUUCCGCUUUUUUGAAUUCCCUGCAAAACCAAGUCAAUCGAUGGAUACGCGAGAUACAAAAGGUGACAAAAUUGGAAAAAGAUCCGUCAUCGGGCAGCGCGUUGCAAGAGAUAACCUUUUGGCUUAACAUGGAACACGCGCUCCUUAAAAUCCAAGAGAAGCGGGAAAGUUUGGAGGUCAAUUUAUCCCUCGACAUUCUUAAACAGGGAAAACGGUUUCACGCCACCGUCAGCUUCGAUACCGAUACAGGCCUCAAACAAGCUUUAGACCUGGUGGGCAAUUACAAUCUUCUAAUGCGAGAUUUCCCAAUAAACGAUCUCUUGUCGGCUCCAGACCUUGAUUCCAUAGCCAAUGCUCUAACCCAAAUAUUUAUUCACAUGAAAAAGGUGAGGAGUACUCGAUACCCGGUUAAUAGGGUAUUGAGGUUGUUGGAAGCUCUCAGCCGAGAUCUUAACAAUCAAAUCAAGAAGGUGCUCUCUUACAAACAAAAUUUACUGGGAUUGCCCUACGACGAUUUUGAAAAACUCAUGGUAUCUGCUUUGAACGUUUUCGUAACCUGGGACGAGCAUUACGAAAAGCUUUUAACACUGGUUCGAGAAAUGAACAAGAAAAAAGGCGACCCACUAAAAUUAAUCAUGCGAGUUAAUUUGAUCCACAAGAAAUUGAGUAAUCGGAUGGCUAUCUUGGAAAAAUUUCGUAAACAGCACGAACAACUGAGAACGGUUAUAUCGCGCGUUUUAAAGCAACAACCAACCGCGAGCGCCCAUUCAUUCAUGCCAAACCCAGAGCCUUCAAACGCAAUUAAUACCAAUUCGGCGAACAAUCGAUUUUUGGAUAUAUCGGAUGUCGGGGCCCUCAAAGAGAUAGCCAUAGCCUACGAUAAUGUCAAAGAUAGCAUCAUGGACCCUCUACAGGUUACUAAAGAGGCCGACGAAGCUUGGGAUAUGGCCAUGAAACGCUACGACGAAAAGAUAGACCGAAUAGAGGCCCGAAUAACAGCUCAAUUGAGAGAUCAGCUCGGCGUGGCUAAAAAUGCUAACGAAAUGUUUCGCAUCUUCUCCCGUUACAAUGCGCUCUUCGUUAGGCCACGUAUAAGAGGAGCCAUCAGGGAAUAUCAGACUCAACUCAUCCAGCACGUUAAAAAGGAUAUUGAGAAUUUGAAGGAAAAAUUUAAGAUACCUUAUAACCAAACGAAGGCCUGCAAACUUAGCGUAGUUCGAGACAUACCUCCUGUAUCCGGCCAUAUCAUAUGGGUCAGGCAGAUAGAAAGAAGGCUUGACACCUACACCAAACGCAUAGGUGAUAUUUUGGGAAAAGAUUGGGAGACCCAUUUAGAAGGGAGAAACCUUAAAGCUGAAGCGGAUGCCUUUAGGCUUAAACUACUCGAUUCAGAUUCCCUUUUUGACGAGUGGGCAUCCAGGGUUCAAAGUCGGAAUUAUACCGUUUCAGGCAGAAUUUUUAACGUAGAGAGUUCAAGGGAAUUGAUGAUGGUAAUGAAUAGGGAAUGCGAAGAUCCCAACGAAGGUUCAAUAAAUGGGCAAGGAACUGGUAGUAAUAUAAGUAUGAGUAGUGGGACUGCCGUGGAUGUUAGCAGUGGUGUUGUGUUUCGCUACAAACUUAAGGUCAACUUCUUGCCAGAAAUCAUCACAUUGGCUAAAGAGGUCAGAAACUUAAAAAGUUUAGGCUAUAGAAUUUCGGUCGCUAUAAUGACUAACGCCAAUAAAGCUAGUCAAGCUUAUCCGUUGGCAAUAUCCUUAAUGGAGAACGUUAGAGCCUACGAACAAACUUGUGCCAAAAUUGGCAAAGAAGACUCUAAUUUUGAACUCUUAGCUGCUAAGCUUAGGAAAGAUGCACAAACCAAAAUCUCGGAAGGAAUUGGUUUAUUAUGGGAUUCAUUCAAAUUGGAAGGAUACGUUCCUCAAUUUUCUGACACUGUAUUCUUUUUUCAGGAAAAGGUGGACGAACUGAUAGAAAUAUACGAAAAAAUAGGAGACGAUCUCAGAUCUCUCGAAACUUGUCCCUUUAACCAGCAAAUUUUUGCCGAGAAAGUAGACAGCAUUCAAAGAUCAGUAGAUAAUCUAUCUCUCAAACAAUUCUCCAACUUGCCAUGUUGGAUAGGUAGACUUGACGGUGAUAUAGGGAAGCGUUUGGCGUUUAGGCUCCAGGAAGGCAUAAAGGCGUGGACGGAACGAUUAAUAAAAGGGGAAGAAGGAACAUCUAACAACAGUAAUUUUAGAGAUAGUAAAUCACCGCAGAAUAGGCAGGGUCGAGCCAACACUCACAUCCGGGGUGACAUAAAGACUCGAGAUCAAAUCAGGGCAGAUGAUGCUGACACCGAUGAUAACAUAGACGAGAUGAUAGAUAAUUUUAGCGCCAAUAUGUCCAAGAAUGCAAAAAUUGACCUAGAAUCUAAAAGCAUUAAUAAUAAUUACGCCCAGCAGGAUCAUAAUACCGGUUACAAUAAAAUAAGGCGUAAUACUCAAGGAACAAAGACCCAAUCAGUCCAUUUCAAAGCUCUAAUAGCAUGUCCAGGUGGAGAGCCAAAAAUUAUGCCUUUGAUUCACGAAUUUCGCAUAUCGAAUCAAGUCAUUUAUCUAAAUCCGCCUAUAGAAGACGCUCGUGAAAAAUUGUUGGAACAGUUUUUUUCUUACAUAGGAAUCGUUUUAUCGCUACCUAGAGUCACAAGCAGCCGAUACAAUUACGAAUAUACAACGGUAUCCGAUAUAUUCCACAAGCCAUUUCACGAAAAUUACCAAAAUCUACUCUCACAACUUCCGGAAGGGCCCACCGUCAUUCAAACUUGUUACCAAGCACAAGAAUCGGUCCUUAACAAGGUGAAAGUAUACGUGGAUCAAUGGUUUAGGUACCAAUCACUAUGGGAUUUACAAUCGGAACGCCUGUACGAUAAACUCGGACAAGAUCUGCCCACUUGGAUAGAUUGCUUAAUCGAUAUAAGACGUACCAGAGAAACGUUUGACACGACUGACACGAAUAAAAAAUUUGGACCUAUAGUAAUCGAAUUUGGUAAAGUUCAAUCCAAAGUUACUCUCAAAUACGAUUCAUGGCACAAGGAGGUUCUUUCUAAAUUUGGCCUUCUGCUUAAUCAAGAAAUGCAAUCCCUUUAUUCUACUAUAUCUAAGGCGCGCGUAGAAUUAGAACAAAAGCACCUGGACGGUUCCACGUCGACCUCUCAAGCCGUAUCCUUGGUAACGUACGUUCAGACUCUCAAGUCAAGAGUUAAGGCCUGGGAAAGGAGGGUUAACGAAGAAUUUAAGGAAGGUCAACUCGUGUUGGAAAAGCAUAGAUUUACAUUUCCCAACGAUUGGUUGCAUCUGGAACAAGUCGAAGGGGAAUGGAAUGCCUUCCGGCAAAUUCUUGAGCGGAAAAGUGGCGUCAUACAAAAUCAGGUGGCUCACCUCCAAACCAAAAUUUUGGCCGAGGAUUCUGCUGUAUCAAAACGCUGCGACGAUUUGAUCAACGAAUGGGAAAUCUGUAAACCCGUAGACGGCUCAUUACUUCCCGACUCUGCUCUCAAAACGCUCAAUCUCAUGGAAGCUAAGUUCAAUGAAUCUCUUAAGGAGAAAUCCAAUAUAACUAGGGCUAAAGAGGCUCUCGGACUUUCAGAUAAUGACAUGCUCUCAGCCUCGGGGAAAGAUAAAACUAAAUUUUCCUUGGAAGAAUUGCAGGAUUUGAAAGGGGUUUGGAUAGAGUUGAAGAAAAUAUGGGAACAAUUGGAAGCUUUGAAAGAAACGUCCUGGGCGUCUGUCCAACCUCGCAAGGUGAGACAAAGUUUGGAUUCUCUUUCCUCAUCUCUUAAAUCCUUGCCCACUCAUUUGAGGCAAUAUUCGGCCUACGAAUAUGUGAAAAGACUCAUACAAUCCUACUCAAGGGCCAACGUGCUCAUCGUGGAGCUUAAAUCGGACGCUAUUAAGGAGAGGCAUUGGAAAAGACUGGCCAGAAAACUGCAACCUUCCUCGUUACAAGCUAAAUCUCAACACAAGCAGGAUCAGGGUUCAAUUCUACAAGCUUUAAAUCAUCACCAGGGUUACAACGUUAAAAGUCCUUUCGAAUCAUUAUUAUGCUUUGGUAUGGGCGGUUCCGGCUCUGGUUUUGGAAACGAAUUGACGCUGGGUCAUGUGUGGGACUUAGAUCUCGUAAGGAACGAAAAAGAUAUCAAGGACGUUAUCUUGGUUGCCCAGGGGGAGAUGGCUUUGGAACAAUUUUUAGUUCAGGUGCGAGAAACAUGGCAAAAUUAUGAGUUAGAUAUGGUAAAUUACCAGAACAAAUGUCGCCUUAUACGCGGAUGGGAUGACCUUUUCAACAAAUUGAAAGAGCAUAUCAAUAGUUUAGCCGCCAUGAAACUUUCUCCUUAUUUUAAGGAAUUUGAAGAAGACGCCAUAUCUUGGGAAGAUAAAUUGAAUCGUCUGAAUUCGCUUUUCGAUAUUUGGAUAGAUGUUCAAAGGAAAUGGGUUUACCUGGAAGCCAUAUUUACCGGUAGUAACGACAUCAAAAAUCUUUUGCCGAAUGAAACAUCUCGAUUCCAGAGCAUAAGUUCCGAAUUCUCCAACUUACUUAAAAGAGUGUCCAAAUCACCUCUAGUUUUAGAUGUACUAAAUAUUCCCGGGAUACAAAGGUCGCUGGAAAGAUUGUCAGACUUCUUAUGCAAAAUACAGAAAGCCCUUGGCGAAUAUCUGGAAAGAAAAAGAACUUCCUUUCCUAGGUUUUACUUCAUAGGCGAUGAGGACUUACUCGAGAUCAUAGGCAACGGCAAAAACCUCCCUAAAUUGCAAAAACAUUUUAAAAAGAUGUUUGCCGGCAUCUCCUCUUUGAUUUAUGAAUCCGCAUCAGAAUUGGAGACCUCCCAAACCUCCGCCAUUUACAGGCUAACUGGUUUAUGUUCGAAAGAAGGUGAAAAGGUUAUGUUGACUCGACCUUUGGAACUAAGGGAAGAAACUAUGGGGAAAGUAAACGAAUGGUUGGCUACGCUCGAAAAUGAAAUCAAACUAACCCUAGCCGAGACGUUGGCAAAUUCUGUGACUAGUGUGAGGGGAGGAGAAGGCCCUUACUUCUUCAGGGAAGCUAAGGAAUCGGAGGCCAAAGGGGAUAGUGACGAGGCUCUUUUGAAUUGGAUCGACAAAUACCAAGCACAAAUCAUAAUUCUUACCCUCCAAAUAAUUUGGACCGAAACUAUAGAAAACUCAUUCAACACUGAAUUAACUUAUUUUUCAAAAUCUCAAAAUAAACCUACACCACCCACGCUUCAAAACGUGUUACAGAAUAUAGAUAAAACUUUGGCAAAACUAGCCGAUUUCGUGCUCAGAGAUCAGCCAACUCUGAGACGUAGGAAAAUGGAGCACAUGAUAACCGAAUUGGUCCACAAAAGGGAUUUAACACGUGAAUUAAUUAUCAAUAAAGUUGAUUCAAUCGAUUCUUUUGAUUGGUUGAAACAUAUGCGUUUUUAUUUUGCACCGACAAACGGAGGAGAUAAACGUUUACCAGAAGAAGGGGCUAGGAAUAAGGAUAUGCCUUCCAAAAUUAUCGCCGAGUCGUUAUUACUAGAUAGCCUAGUUAUAGAAAUAUCGACAGCGAGAUUCAGUUAUGGUUGGGAAUAUUUAGGCUUCCAGGAAAAGCUGGUUCAAACCCCACUCACCGACAAAUGCUAUUUGGCUAUGACCCAGGCGCUCGAAGCUAGGCUAGGCGGAUCGCCGUUCGGUCCAGCCGGAACUGGUAAAACGGAAUCCGUUAAAGCACUAGGUCAUGCCCUAGGACGCUUUGUACUCGUAUUCAAUUGCGAUGAAACUUUUGAUUUUCAGGCAAUGGGAAGAAUAUUCAUAGGCUUGUGUCAGGUUGGAGCUUGGGGUUGUUUUGACGAAUUUAAUAGAUUGGAAGAACGAAUUUUGUCCGCCAUCUCGCAACAAAUUCAGACCAUUCAAAUGGCAUUAAAGGAGCUUGCCAACCAAAAUACCAACCAAAACAACAAUCAACCAAUUAGUAUAGAACUGGUGGGUAAAUCCGUGACUAUAAAUCCGCACAUGGCUAUAUUCGUCACUAUGAAUCCCGGUUACGCUGGUCGUUCCAAUUUGCCGGAUAAUCUCAAGAAAUUAUUCCGGAGGUUGGCUAUGACCACACCAGACGUGCAUCUCAUAUCGGAAGUUCUCCUAUUUUCUCAAGGUUUUAGGAAGGCCGAACAAUUAGCUCGCAAAGUAGUUCCUUUAUUUAAAUUAUGCGCCGAACAGCUAUCAAAUCAAACCCAUUAUGAUUUCGGGCUUAGGGCCCUUAAAAGCGUUUUGACUAGUGCGGGUAACAUAAAACGAGAGCGUAUAAAGUGCUGUGUUCAAGACUCGCAGGAUUUAGGGUCUAUCACUGCUGGGAUGAGUGAAGACCAAUUAGCCCAGAACGAAAAGGAAAUUCUGAUACAAAGCGUAUGCGAAACCUUAAUACCUAAAUUGGUAUCUGAAGAUAUACCGCUCCUUAAAGAUCUAUUGAGAGACGUUUUUCCCGGCGUAAGCUAUGAACCUGUCCCGGUUCACAAAUUAAAAUCGAACCUUGUCGAAGUGUGCCGAAGGAACCACCUUGCCUUUCAUCAAAAUUUAACCUCCAAUGAAAAUAAUAUCCAAAAUAAUUUGUUGGACGAAGAUGACAAGUACACCGACAAUACAUCAUCUUCAUGCAACUGGGCCGACAAAGUCAUCCAACUUUACCAUCUGACUCAAUUACAUCACGGUAUAAUGCUCGUAGGCCCUAGCGGUAGCGGCAAAACAACUGCAUGGAGAACCCUUUUUUCAGCCCUGGAAAAUUUAAAUCCCAGCUCUAAAACCAUAUCAAAAUCCUCCGAAGGUAAUGACAAUUUUGAUAAUUCUGCUCAAAAUGGCGAUGAUAAUUCUAACCAUGUCGAAAGUUUGAGUAUUUUUGGAGGCGAAGGAUGUGCCCAUGUAAUUGAUCCCAAAGCUGUUAGUAAAGAAGCACUUUAUGGAACCUUGGAUCCAAACACGAGGGAAUGGACAGAUGGGUUAUUCACAGGGAUACUCAGAAAGAUAAUAGACAACGUACGGGGCGAAAUAAACAAAAGACAAUGGAUAGUGUUCGAUGGGGACGUGGACCCGGAGUGGGUAGAAAAUCUGAAUAGCGUUUUGGAUGAUAACAAACUUUUGACCCUUCCAAAUGGAGAACGACUUAAUAUACCGCCAAAUGUAAGAAUAAUUUUCGAAGUUCAAGAUCUUAAAUAUGCUACUAUGGCCACCGUUUCCCGUUGCGGAAUGAUAUGGUUCAGUGAACGUGUCCUAACAGAUCGCAUGAUUUACUUUAAUUACCUGGAAAAACUGAGAUCUGGCUCUGCCGAUUUAUCUACUAAUUUUGACACCGCGUCAACCAAUUCAAAAAUCUUUUCGAAUACUCUCCUUUCGGCAAAUUCACCAUCUUCUGAAACCAAUAACAUUGACAUAAGAAGAGCGCCCGCUUACAAUAACGCGAAUGGUGUGGGCUCAACUGGGAGCGGUGUAGAUUCGGGGUUAGGGGGUGAUUUUAGCGAGAACGAAGUUUCGGCCAUUGCUAAACAAGUGCAAACAUCGGUUGCCAAAAUACUAGAGCUUUAUUUUACUCCGAACGGGAUGGUUUCCAAGGCUCUUGAAUACGCGAAAACGCUAGAACACAUCAUGGAUUUUACACGUUUACGAGCCCUUAAUUCUUUGUUUUCCCUGUUGAAUCAGGGAGUCAGGAAUAUCGUUAACUAUCAACUGGCCCAUCCAGAUUUCCCUAUGAACAUGGACGCUAUUGAAAGAUAUACUCAGAGUUAUUUGAUAUAUUCUCUCUUAUGGUCUUUUGCUGGGGAUUCAAAACUAAAAUGCAAAGAAGAUUUGGGAGAAUUUAUUCAAAGCAUUACGACCAUUCCUCUUCCUAAUAAAGCUAACUCGUCUAUCAUUGAUUAUGAGUUAAAUACUCACGGUGAAUGGGUUGCCUGGUCUCUGCGAGUGCCCAACCUCGAAAUAGAUACUCACAAGGUGGCCAACCCGGAUUGCGUUAUACCGACGGUUGAUACUGCCAGACACGAGUCCCUUCUAUACACUUGGCUGGCCGAACACAAGCCCAUCAUUCUUUGUGGGCCACCAGGUAGCGGUAAGACUAUGACCCUAUUCAACGCUCUCAGAUCCUUGAACAAUGAUAUGGAGGUAAUCGGUCUCAAUUUUUCGAGUGCUACAACCCCCGAACUUUUGUUAAAAACAUUGGACCAUUACUGCGAGUAUCGUAAGACAUCUUACGGCAUGGUUUUAUCUCCCAUUCAAUACAACAAAUGGCUUGUGCUAUUUUGUGAUGAAAUUAACUUGCCCGAUAUGGAUAAAUAUGGCACUCAAAGGGUCAUUUCUUUCCUUAGACAAAUAUUAGAGCACGGUGGCUUUUACAAAACAACUACCAAUAACGAACAAAUCUGGGUUAAAACGGAACGCAUUCAAUUCGUUGGCGCUUGUAAUCCGCCCACAGAUCCUGGACGGAAACCUUUGUCACAUAGACUUUUGCGACAUAUACCGGUUAUAUACGUAGAUUAUCCUGGCUCGGCUUCUUUGUUUCAAAUAUAUAAUACCUUUAACAAGGCUAUGUUGAAAUUGAUGCCCAGUUUACGAUCUUAUUCCGAACCUCUCACCAACGCUAUGAUAGAAUUCUACCUAACUUUCCAAGAUAAUUUUACACAAGACAUGCAGCCUCAUUACAUAUUUAGCCCUAGAGAACUGACCAGAUGGGUUAGGGGGAUAUACGAAGCUAUUAAACCUUUGGAAAAUUUAUCACUGGAUGGUUUGGUCAGAUUAUGGGCUCACGAAGGAUUACGAUUAUUUCAAGACAGAUUAGUUAAUCCCGAAGAACGCGUAUGGACCGAUGAAACGUUAGAUACGGUUGCCUUGAAACAUUUCCCUACGAUUAGUAGAGAAACUCUCAAAAGACCUAUUCUCUACAGCAAUUGGUUGAGCAAAGAUUACAUACCUGUCAAUUUAGAGGAGUUGAGGCAAUAUACCAAGGCUAGAUUAAAAAUUUUCUACGAAGAAGAAUUAGACGUGCAAUUGGUCUUAUACGAUGAUGUUUUCGAUCACGUGUUAAGAAUAGACAGGGUAUUUAGACAACCACAGGGUCAUGUGUUAUUAAUAGGAAUUAGUGGAUCAGGCAAGACAACUCUAUCGCGUUUUGUGGCCUGGAUGAAUGGAUUGAGCAUAUUUCAAAUCAAGGUUCACAAUAAAUACAGGGCUGAAGACUUCGACGAAGACUUGCGGAAUAUCUUGAAGCGUGCUGGUUGCAAGGGCGAAAAAAUAACAUUUAUCAUGGACGAAUCUAACGUUCUUGAUUCUUCAUUCCUUGAGAGAAUAAAUACUCUGUUGGCUAAUGGGGAGGUUCCAGGUCUAUUUGAAGGCGACCUUUAUUCUGCUUUGAUGACCCAAUGCAAAGAGGGAUCUCAGAGAGAAGGACUUAUGCUAGAUUCAAACGAAGAGUUAUACAAGUGGUUCACAAAUCAAGUAAUGAGAAAUCUCCAUGUAGUGUUUACCAUGAACCCAUCUUCCCAAGGCUUAAAAGAAAGAUCUUCAACAUCUCCUGCUCUUUUCAACCGUUGCGUCAUAAAUUGGUUCGGGGAUUGGUCUAACUUAACUCUGUUUCAAGUUGGAAAGGAAUUGACCAUAAGACUCGAUUUGGAUAAUCCUGAAUAUCAACCUCCCCCAGGCGUGCCUCUUAUGGUCGCUUCCGAUAAUUUGCCAUUAAAUUCUACCUUAACCUAUAGAGAUGCUCUCAUAAAUUCUUUCGUCUACGUUCACCAAACUUUACACCAAGCCAAUGAAAGGCUCAUUAAACGACAAGGGAGGAGUAUUUACAUAACUCCUCGUCAUUAUUUGGACUUCAUCAUACAUUACGUUAAAUUAUACCACGAAAAACGUUCGGACCUAGAGGACGAACAGCUCCACUUGAACGUGGGUUUGCACAAAAUAAGGGACACGGUUGAACAGGUGGAAGAAUUACAAAAAUCCCUGGCACUCAAAAGACAGGAAUUGGAAACCAAAAAUGCCAUGGCUAACGCAAAACUCAAAGAUAUGAUCAAAGAUCAACAAGAAGCAGAAAUGAGGAAAUCCACGUCACAACAGAUUCAAUCCAAACUGAUAGAACAAGAAAAACUGAUACACGAAAAGAAACAAAUGGCAAUCAAUGAAUUGGCUCAAGUUGAACCAGCUGUCAUCGAAGCGCAACAGGCUGUAAAGGGUAUUAGAAAGCAGCCCUUAGUCGAAGUUAGGUCUAUGGCGAAUCCACCAUUGGCAGUGAAGAUGGCUAUGGAGUCCAUAUGCUUGCUACUAGGAGAAAAUUAUUCGGAUUGGAAAGCCAUCAGAGGAGUUAUCAUGAAAGAUAAUUUUAUUCCCAUGAUACUUAAUUUUUCGACCGACGAUAUUAGCGAAUUUACUCGAAUCAAAUUUAUAAACACCUACCUGAAUAACCCGGACUACAAUUACGAGAAAAUCGCGAGGGCGAGUCAAGCUUGUGGUCCGUUAGUUAAAUGGGCUAUAGCUCAGAUCAAUUAUGCCGAUAUGCUGCAAAAAGUUGAUCCACUUCGGAACGAACUGAAGAAGCUCGAGAAAGAUGCUGAAGAAAACAGGCUUAAAGCUAACAAGAUAGAUGACACGAUACAAUUGUUGGAAAAAUCUAUAGCGAAUUACAAAGAGGAAUACGCUGUUCUCAUAUCCCAGGCUCAAUCUAUUAAACACGACUUAGAGACUGUUCAAACCAAGGUGGACCGUAGCGUAGCUCUACUAUCUAACUUGGAAUCGGAACGCAGUCGGUGGGACAGCGGGACUCGAGCUUUCCGAUCUCGUCUGGCUACUCUUCCUGGCGAUUCUUUGAUGAACGCCGCCUUUUUAGCUUAUGCCGGAUAUUUUGAUCAAGCCGAACGAGCCAGAGUUCGGGGCCAAUGGGCUCGGCAUUUGAGACGAUCUGGAAUAGAAUUUGAUAACAACGAAGAAGACAGUUUCAAAAACGUGGCAAAUACGAUUGGAGGUGUAGAGUCUAUCGAUUUAGCAGCAAAUAAUGCUAUCGAAGAAAUGGACGAUUUGUGCAUCGAGAACGCGGUCAUGUUAAAAAGGUGCAUGGCCGGUAGCACAGUUGGCGCUAAUAACACUCGAUACCCGCUCAUUAUCGAUCCGUCUGGCAAAGCGCUCGAUUUCAUAGCCAACGAAUACGUCGGCGGUGAUAGGAAAAUAACCAAAACUAGUUUCUUGGACGAUUCUUUUCGAAAAAACCUUGAGAGUGCUUUGAGGUUCGGCAAUCCAUUGUUAGUUCAAGAUGUGGAAAAUUAUGAUCCCAUUCUUAAUCCAGUGCUUAACAGGGAAAUAAGAAAAACUGGCGGAAGAGUCCUAAUAACGCUGGGCGAUCAAGAUAUCGAUUUAUCCCCUUCUUUCACUAUAUUUCUGUCUACUAGGGAUCCCAGCGCCGAAUUUUCGCCCGAUUUGUGUUCCAGGGUAAGCCUAAUCAAUUUUACUCUAACUAAAUCGAGUCUGCAAGCUCAAUGUCUAAACAGGGUUCUCAAAGCUGAACGUCCAGAUAUCGAUACCAAGAGAUCGGAUUUACUUAAAUUGCAAGGCGAGUUCAAACUCCGGCUUAGACACCUAGAAAAAAAUUUGUUGCGCGUGUUAAAUGACGCCAAAGGGAAGAGUAUAUUAGAUGACGAUAGUGUUAUAACUACCCUGGAAAGUCUCAAGAAAGAGGCCGAUGAGAUAACAUCCAAAAUGGAACUCACAAAAGAUACCAUGAAAGAAAUAGAGAGGGUCAGUUCCCUCUAUACCCCCUUAGCUAUGGCAUGCUCUACCGUUUACUUUACCAUGGAGGCACUUUGUAAGAUUCACUUCUUGUACCAAUACUCUUUGCAGUUUUUUAUGGGUAUAUUCCACCACGUUUUGUACUGUAAUUUGGAAUUGAAACAAAUCAAAGAUCCAGACGUCAGAUUAGAUCUCAUAAUAAAACAAUUUUUCAACACCAUUUAUGUGAGGGUCAGUCGAGGAAUGCUUUAUCAGGAUAAAAUUAUAUUUGCAUUUUUCUUAUGCAGGACAUACAUAAACGGAUUUUUGCCGAAAGAACCCGAUUACAACGAAGAAUUCGAAUUUUUGAUCCACAAAAAAGAUAGAGUUAUGUACGAGCCUUCACAAAAUAUUACUCACCUCCUAAACAAGGGUCAUCUAAAUACAUCUCAAGCGGAAAGUUUGAGUAAACUUUGUAAAUUGCCCCAAUUUGAAAGUCUACCGAACAUACUAAUUGAUCCAGAGAAAGGAUCUGAACUACUGAAAUGGAUCAAGGAUACCGACAUCAACUUGAAAAAUAUUCCGCAGUCAUUCUACAGCAAUUCUAACAAAAAUAUACAAAACAUUAAAAGUUUGAGGCCCAUAGGGAAAUCGAUAGAAAAUCUUUUGCUCCUCCAGGCUUUCCAUCCGGAUAAAUUAUCGGAUGGCUAUCACAAUCUGAUAGAGACAGUCUUCGGGACCGAUUUUGAAGCACGAGCCGACGCCGAACUAGAUUUAGCCGAGAUUAUAGAGAAAGAGACCGAUUCCAAAACUCAUAUAAUGUUUUGUUCGGUUCCGGGUUUUGACGCGAGCUCACGUAUCGAUACUUUGGCCUCGGAAUUGAAGAAACCAUUGACCUCAAUUGCUAUAGGUUCUUCUGAAGGCUUUAUCUCAGCCGAAAAGACUAUAAACCAAUCAUGCAAGACUGGUCGUUGGGUACUUUUGAAAAACGUACACUUAACACCUCAUUGGUUAGUGCACUUAGAGAAAAAACUACAUACCCUCAAUCAGCCGCAUCCAGAUUUCAGACUGUUUUUGACUAUGGAAAUAAAUCCCAAGAUACCCAUCACUCUCCUCCGAUCCGGCCUUCUCCUCACCUUCGAACCUCCCCCGGGUCUUCGUGCCUCCUUGUCUAGAACCCUUCUUCCAUCAUCACAUUCCUUCUCUUCCAUACAUCCCAAUUCGAUCUCAUCUAAUCCCCCCAAAGAGAGGGCUAGGGUAAGAUUCUUGAUUGCUUGGUGGCAUGCCUUGGCCUUGGAAAGGUUAGCUUACGUACCUUUAGGCUGGGCAGCUAAACACGACUUAGAUGAUUCGGACUUAGCCUCUGCUCUCACCACGGCCGAUAGAUGGGUUGAUUUCGUGGCACAGCUUCCUAAUAAUGAAGGGAACGAGAGAAGGAUCUCAAAGAGUGGCGGAGGCAAAGUUUUAUGUCGAAACAAUGUGGAUCCCGCAAAACUACCUUGGAAAGCUAUCAAGGUGCUUUUAGCUAAAUGCGAUUAUGGGGCCAAGAUUGAUAACGAGUUUGAUAGGCGGCUGUUAUGGUCGUUUCUUGGCAAAAUCUUUGACCCCUCCAGUUUCGAAGACAAUUUCAUAUUGGUAGAUCGUCGGAAUUUGUUAUUAGAUAAGUGCCACGAAACAAGCAACAAAAAUUACGAUUCUGAAAUCAACGAUAAGAUAGUGACCCUUCCCGAGGGACUAAACACAGAUCAACAAUUUUACGAGUGGACUCAUACUCAUAUACCAGCCAGAGCGGAUCCGACUUGGUUAGGUCUACCGCUACAAGCCGAAACGGUUUUGAAGAUUAGGGGAGGUCAGGAUAUAACGCGCAAGUUAGGCGAAGUAGAAAGAGAAACAGGUUCUUUACUUACUAGAAGGUUCGGAUUAGCCAGGAAUGAUAAAUCUAAGGAAGAAGAUGAAGCCGAUAUAACUUUGCAACAAGAUGAAGAAAAUGACAAUGACAAAAAUACUCAACGAGAAUUGAAAUUGACACAUAAAGAUCCUAUUGAGACCACCCCCAAAUGGAUGAAAGCAUUGCGCGAAAAUGUAUCAACUUGGUUAGACAUCUUAAAUUCGAUUGAAGCUAUAUCAUAUCCACAUGACAGAGGGGGAAUUAGAAAAGAUCCACUUUUUCGAUACGCCGAAAGAGAAGUUAAAUUUGGAACUCAGCUUCUCAACGAUAUCCUAAAAGAUUUACACGAAAUAUCGGCUUUAUGCAGGAAUCAAAAGAAGCUGACUAAUCGAUUGAGAGCCUUGACUGGUGAUUUGAUCAAAGGUCAUGUUCCUUUGGAUUGGUUCAGAUAUAAAUCUUUUGCUUCCCAGGCUGAUUCAACAAUAAAUCACUGGAUCAUGGAUUUCAGUCUAAGGAUGAAAAAAUUAGGAAAUUAUUGCGAGACCUUGGAUCGAAAUAGUAGUGGGCAUCUAGCUGAUUCUCAAAAUCCCAUUUGGCUUGGAGGUCUAUUUAAUCCAGAAGCUUUUAUCACGGCUACGAGACAAUAUAGUGCUCGUAAAAACUCAUGGUCAUUGGAAGAACUUGUUAUGGAUAUGACAAUAUAUGAUGGACAUGACUCGAUGAAAAAUGCUGAUUAUAAAGAAUGCGUUUUUUAUAUAACUGGUUUAAAAUUACAAGGAGCCCGAUCACGAGAAAACAAAUUAGAAUUAGUUUCUCAUAUGAACACCGAUUUGCCUCUCAUUUCGAUUACAUGGAACCACAACUCAUCAGCUUUGGUCACUAUAGAUACCGAGGAAAUGAUGAAUAAAGACAUGUUUACUAUAAAACUACCACUUUACCUAAAUCAAACUCGUAAUGAGAUCUUAUUCGAUGUUGAAAUGAAAACAAAGGCACCUGAAAAUGAUCCAUCUCUUUUCUAUGAACGUGGAGUCGCAUUUAUUUGUUCUUAAAUGUAGCCAUUAUUUACUCGUCUGCUUUUUUUAUGCACUGUUAGUUUGUUCAAUAUUACUAUAAUUGUGAUAUAUUUUAAUAGUGUAGCCUAUUAAGAUGAAUAUUAUUUAUUAAAUAGCAAAUUAAUAUUAGCUUUAUAUUAUUUUGUGAUUAUAAUAUUAUACAAGAACCUCACGAUAUGUUAUUUAAUAUAUUUAUGGCUUUAUGUAA